GCUUAGGGUGCACGGGGUGUUCGAGGGAUGGCUAAGGGAAAGCGUACUUGGCACUGAUCCCUCCUUUCAGUAUAGACUGCAGUUUACAUUAGGCAGCAUUUUUUUUUUUUGGGGUCAGGGGGGAUGAAUGUGUCAUAAAUAGUUCGCGUUAAUAGAGGGGUAGUGGAUGCAUGUUUAGCAAUGCGAUGAGGCCAGUGCACUUUGCAAGACUUGCGCUGCAGAGAGCCUCCGCGGAUCCCACGACCUGUUGCUGACAAGCCGCGGAGAAGGAGAGGGAGAGGGGGAGCCGCAAGGGAGAGACGGAGGGUACUGCCUUGGAGACGACAGCCGGGGUUUCUUUGCGGAGGAAAUCAUGCAGUUUGCUAUUUGGCUGGUUGGACUAAUGUGUCAUCUGUCAGCACUUGUCCGGGACACUUUGCAACACCGAUUGCAUCCGAAACAAGAAAGCUUCAUCAAGCAGCUGUCAUCGUAUGAAAUCAUCACCCCGGUCCGUGUGAAUGACUUUGGAGAAUCCUUCCCGCACAAAAUGCACUACAGGAGGAGACGGAGAAGUUUGAAUGAUGACCUGUCGGGCUUACGGGUUCACUACAGGAUUGAUGCAUUCGGGGAACGCUUUCAUCUCAACCUGAGCGCACACUCUGGAUUCAUUGCCCCCUCGUACACAGUGACACACUUGGGAGCGGAGCAGAGCAACGCCACGGACUCCCACUUUCGUGACCCGAGCGAUAUGCGCCACUGCUUUUUCCGCGGACAAGUCAACGCCAAGAGCGAGUACCCUGCAGUCUUCAGCCUGUGCACUGGCCUUAUUGGAACUUUUACGACUCAACACGGUGAAUACUUCUUGGAGCCUCUUUUAAAUGCUGCAGGAGAGGAAUACGACGAAGAGCACAACAAACCUCAUCUUGUCUAUCGACACGAGAGGAAUAAGAACAUCACAAAAACCGAGAACAACCCAAAGCCCUGUGCUGCCUCAGAACAAGCCAAGAGGCCAGUUGCUUUUGAGAGCAGAGGUAAUAUGGAGGAGGAGCUGGAUUCUCUCAGAGCCACGAUAGAGGGUGAGCACAUCCAUGACAACAACUCCACCAGCACACAUCCCGGAACCCUACGCAGACGCAAGCGUUUCCUCUCCUACCCUCGCUACGUCGAGCUGAUGGUGACAGCGGAUGCCAAAAUGGUCCGUCACCAUGGACGCAACCUGGAGCACUACGUCCUAACAAUCAUGUCAGUAGUAGCAGCGGUGUACAGGGACCCCAGUGUAGGAAACCUCAUCAACAUCAUGAUUGUGAAGCUGGUCGUCAUCCACAAUGAACAGGAAGGGCCCACAGUGAGCUUCAACGCUGCCACGACUCUCCACAACUUCUGCGUCUGGCAGCAGGGCCAAAACGUCCAGGACGACAGCCACCCCUCUCACCACGACACUGCGCUCCUCAUCACUAGGGAAGACAUCUGCCGUGCGAAAGAUAAAUGUGACACUUUAGGGCUGGCCGAGCUGGGCACCAUGUGCGACCAGUACCGCAGCUGCUCCAUCAGUGAGGAAAAUGGAAUCAGUGCCUCCUUCACCAUUGCUCAUGAGCUGGGCCAUGUGUUUAACAUGCCUCACGAUGACAAUCCAAAGUGUCGGGAGGCCGGCAUGAAGCACCAGUAUCACGUCAUGGCUCCCACCCUCAACUACGACACCAAUCCCUGGUCGUGGUCCAAGUGCAGCCGCAAGUACAUCACAGAGUUCCUAGAUACGGGCUAUGGCGAGUGCCUCCUCGAUGAGCCUGUCAGUAGGACCUAUGAGCUACCUACUCUCCUCCCGGGUCAAAUCUACAAUGCCAACAGACAGUGUGAACUGAUGUUUGGACCCGGUUCUCAAAUUUGCCCUUACAUGAAACAGUGCAAGAGGCUGUGGUGUACAAGUGCAGAGGGGGACCAUAAAGGAUGUCGCACGCAGCACAUGCCACUGGCUGACGGGACCGACUGUGGACGCGGAAUGUACUGCAGACACGGGAUGUGUGUAAACAAGGAGCUAGACCUGCAGCCGGUCCACGGGGAGUGGGGUCCGUGGGGGCCGUACAGCGCCUGCUCCAGGUCUUGUGGCGGGGGAACCCGGAGCACACACAGAGACUGCAACAAGCCUGAGCCCAGAAACGGAGGGAAGUUCUGCGUGGGUCGCAGGAUGAAGUUCCGCUCCUGCAACACCGAGCCGUGUCCGCGAGGACAGAAAGAUUUCCGCGAGGAGCAGUGUUCUCAGUUUGACGGCAAGCACUUCAACAUCAACGGUCUACCUCCCACCGUCCGCUGGGUCCCCAAGUACAGCGGCAUACUAAUGAAGGAUCGCUGUAAGCUCUUCUGCCGGGUUGCUGAGACUACGGCGUACUAUCAGCUGAAGGACCGAGUCACCGACGGCACGCCAUGCGGGACAGACACUUAUGACAUCUGCGUUCAAGGCCUCUGCAGGCAAGCAGGCUGCGACCACGUUCUCAACUCCAAGGCCCGGAACGACAAGUGCGGGGUGUGUGGCGGGGACAACUCGUCGUGUAAAACCCUGGCAGGGACCUUCAAUGACGCUCAGUACGGUUACAACACGGUGGUGCGGAUCCCAGCUGGAGCCACGAAUAUUGAUAUCAAACAGGUCAGCUACUCCGGAAAGCCAGAAGACGACAACUACCUCGCAUUAUCUGAUAGCCAGUCCAAUACCCUCCUGAAUGGGAACUUUGUGGUGGCCAUGUUCAAAAGGGAAAUCACCUUCAAGGGAACCGUCAUCGACUACAGCGGCUCAGACACAAAAGUGGAGCGUAUAAACUGCACCGAGCGAAUAGAGGAGGAGCUCGUUCUGCAGGUCUUGUGUGUGGGAAACCUCUACAACCCAGAUGUCCGUUACUCCUUCAACAUACCCAUCGAGGAACACAGGGAGCAGUUUGUGUGGGAUCCCUCAGGCUCCUGGCUGGAGUGCAACCGCAACUGUCAGGGUGAGCGCAGGCGAAAGGCAGUAUGCGUGCGCAAGAGUGAUCACCUCGAGGUAUCAGACCAACGCUGUGAACAUUUACCUCGUCCUGUUGCUGUUACUGAGCCCUGCAACACAGAUUGUGAAGUCAGGUGGCACGUUGCCGGGAAGAGCGAGUGUUCGGCUAAAUGUGGCCCCGGCUACCGCAGCCUGGAUGUUCAGUGUAUGAAGUACAGCAGAGUGAAGAGGCAGAGUGAGAGGAUCGAGGCCAGCGCCUGUGGAGAGGUCGUCAAACCUCAGACCAGAGAGCCCUGCCAUGGAGACUGUCUGCUGAAGAGCUGGCAGUACAGUGCCUGGUCUCAGUGCUCUAAAACAUGUGGACGUGGGAGCCGCAGCAGAGAGUCGUACUGUAUGAACAACCUGGGCAGACGGCUGGUGGACAGAGAGUGCAACGAACACCAGAGGGUUGUCACGGAAACCUGCAAUGACCAGCCGUGUCCCAAGUGGACUGUUAGCGAGUGGAGUGAGUGCCUGGUGACUUGUGGGAAGGGGAUGAGGCACAGACAAGUGUCUUGCAGUGUGGGAGCCGGGGAGGAGAAGCUGAGCGAGCACUUCUGCGACCCGUCCAGCAAACCUGCAGCUGUGGGGAGUUGCGAACUGCCAGAUUGUGCAUCCUGGCAGGUCGGCGUCUGGGGAGCGUGUGCGGUGACCUGUGGCCAUGGCUACCAGAUGAGGGCUGUUAGGUGCGUGUCAGGGGACUACGGCGACACAGUAGACGACAGAGAGUGCAACGCUGCAGCCAGACCCAGAGACAGUCAGGAUUGUGAGAUGCCAGCGUGUCCUUGGGCCUCUCCAGUACAGAGCACACCCCGCCCUGACAACUCUGCUCAGCUCCUGACUCAGUGGAGAUAUGGUUCCUGGACUGCGUGCUCGGUGUCCUGCGGGAAGGGGAAGCGAGCGCGUUAUGUCAGCUGCAGAGAUGCCCAGGGAGGCGUGGCUGACGAAUCAUACUGCGCCCAUCUGCCCCGCCCCCCAGAGACCUCCCCCUGCUUCAGCCCCUGUGGCCAAUGGCGUGCCGGGGAGUGGUCUCCUUGUUCGGUGACUUGUGGCUUGGGGAGAGCCACCAGGCAGGUGGUCUGCUCCAACUACCAUCAGCCAGUGGACCAGGCUUUCUGUGACCCAGAUGAGAAGCCUGCUACAGACCAAGAGUGUACCUCUGCACCCUGCUCCUCUAUCUACCACCGCCAGCGAAUCAAUGACCAGCCCUACGGAUAUCCCAAGGACCCCGGACGCCACCCUGGACACAGUAGCUGGAACGUGCCCUCAGCAGACAACCAGUGGAGGACGGGACCCUGGGGCGCAUGUUCCAGUACCUGUGCAGGAGGCUUCCAGAGACGAGUGGUGGUCUGUCAGGACGCUGAUGGACGCAGCAACAGCUACUGUGACGAGAGGGUCAAACCUGCCGAGUCAAAGGGCUGCGACUCUGGACCCUGCCCUCUGUGGAACUAUGGUGUCUGGGGAGAGUGUACCCAGACCUGCGGUGGGGGGAGGAAGACUCGCCUGGUGGUUUGUCAAAGACCAAACGGCCAGCGGCUCAACGACUACAACUGUGACAUCCUGGACAAGCCGCCCGACAUGGAGCAAUGCAACCUGCAGCCGUGCCCGGGCUCUGCCUCGUGGCACCGCCGACCCUGGAAGCCGUGUUCAGUGAGUUGUGGCCGAGGGACCAAGCAGCGGGAGAUACACUGCGUUUAUCAGAACCAAACCAAAAUAGAGGACGAGCACUGCAGUCAUCUGCCCCGGCCGCGGACACAGAAGGCAUGCCGGGCGCGGGGAUGCCCCAGUUGGAAGGCUAACAAGUGGAGUGAGUGUUCUGUCACCUGUGGAGUUGGAGUUCAGAACCGGGACAUUUACUGUAGACUGAAAGGCACAGGACGGGUCCGACAGGAUCUCUGCGAUGCUCACAACCGCCCCGCCAUCGUGCGGCCAUGCCAAACUGCAGAGUGCACAUAUUACACAUGGGCUGCUGGCGAAUGGGAGGAAUGUAAUGCAACCUGUGGAGAAGGCAUGAGGAGCAGGAAGGUGGGGUGCAUAGGCCCAGGAGUGACACCCGUCCAGGAUGAUUACUGCGAGCCUUCGUCACAGCCAGCUUUACACCAGCCGUGCAAAGCAGCCCCCUGCCACUACAUGUGGAUUACAGGGGAAUGGUCCCAGUGCUCUGCCAGCUGCGGUAUCGGCUAUCAGCAGCGCAUCAUGUCCUGCUCAGUGAUGCCCUUCUCUCAGGCUCUGCACCCUUAUACCGCUGUCCAGACCUCCUCUGCCAGCACCCACUGCCCCCAGCCCCACCCUGCUGGCAGCCGGCCCUGCCUCCUGAGGGACUGCCCGCACACAACCUACUGGAAAGUUGGCCCGUGGAGCAAGUGCUCGCAGACCUGCGGCGCAGGAGUGAUGGAGCGGAGAGUGGAGUGUGUCACCUCAAAAGGCCAACCGUCCAAACACUGCCGUCCACCAGAGAGACCCGAGUCAAAGGCUGCAUGUCAAGAACGAGAAUGCCAGUUGUUCACUUCCUGCCGAGAGGUCCAGAUGAGACUGGGUGUGAAGAUAGAUGGGGAAUACUAUCUCAAAGUCAAGUCACGGAUCCUACAGAUAUACUGCGCUGAGAUGCAGACGGAUUUCCCCAAGGAGUACGUGACCCUGCGCAGCGGGCAGACAGACAACUACUCCGAAGUUUAUGGGAACAGGUUGCUGAAUCCCUUUGAAUGUCCGUACAAUGGCAGCAGGAGACAAGACUGCGAAUGCAGGAAUGACUACUCGGCAGCAGGAUACACACUCUUCCACAAAGUCCGCCUGGACCUCAGCUCCCUGCGGAUAAUGAUCACAGAUCUCCAGUUUUCCCAGACUCCUCUUGGCCGACCUGUGCCCUUUGCUACAGCAGGGGAUUGUUACAGUGCAGCCAAAUGUCCACAGGGCCAGUUCAGCAUUAAUCUGAUCGGCACUGGCCUCAAAGUGUCUGAGGCCACCAAGUGGACAUCUCAGGGCAACUAUGUUUCUGUCAAAGUCCACAGAUCAGAGGAUGGAACAAGAAUCUACGGUCGCUGUGGCGGUUUCUGUGGGAAGUGCAUUCCCCAGGCUCACAACGGCCUACUCCUUCAAGUCCACUGAGGGCCAUGCAUGCAGAGACCAAACUAUGAACUCUAUGCUGAAGACAGAAGCCCAGUGGAUAUGCGUUAUUAUUGAUUUCAUGGACACUGUCGUCAUCUGUGAGUGACUGAUUUUAACAGUAGUCAUCCUACAGUUACAUCCCCAUUUCCCAAAUGGCAGCUAAAACAUACGAGACCCUACAUACUGUGCAGUGCUGCUGGGCCUCUGUCCAGUUCAUCAUCCAAAUCACUUACCCUGAAGAAGAGCCAGCAAUAUCUGCUUGCCAACAGUGUUGCAUGAUAUCAAACACAUCUGCGCUUUGGAUCCUGAAAUGCUUUCUUUUCUGACAUACUUAUGCAUUUUUAAACAUUGAGCGAAGGGAUACAAUACUUAAAAAAAAAAACACACUGGAAAGACAAAAAUGAAUAGACAAUUCUCUGUUUUAAAGAAAAGACAAACACAAAUAUAUGUUUCAGCAUUAUUUAGAGUCAAACAUAAAAACCUGAAACACCAGGAUCUAAUGCUUUUAGAGGUUACCUUUCAAAGUACACACACAGAUAUUAAUAUUUACAGAUUAACUGUAGACAUUUAGUUACAACUUAUCUAACUUGUACUUGAUGUUCAACUGAAAGUUUAAGAAUACACAUUUAUGUUAAACUGAUCAUAAAUCUCUGAUACAUACAGACUUUAAAAAGAAGGUUGCAGAUAGUUGUAUCAUUGUUUUACAGUAUCAGACAUUAGGCUGAUAGUCCAUAAUACUAGCAGUAUUUUUUGAAUUGCCUAAACACAGAUCGUCUUGGUGUUACACGUUUUGGCUUUUACUCUGUUCAAUCUUCUUAAGAGCGAGAGGAGGACACUGAUACCACCCGUAUAUGUCACAUGUUUUAUUUAUACGACGCUUACAACAGCAGCUGGUUUGCCUGGCUUUGCAAAACGACUUAAAACAGGGAGGAACUGCAGUCCUGGCUCUGCUUAAAGGUAACAAAAUCAUCCUGCUAGUACUCCUGCCGUUUAUAGAUCAACAUGGUUUAUCCUGUUUAUGGAAUCCACACUAAAACCAAAGUGUAGACAGGAACAACACACACUGUUUCUUGAAAAAAACAUAGUUACAUCCUGUAUUGAGUCUUGACAUUACUCUUGAGUUUGCUAUUCAAACAGAUAAGAUUAAAGGAAGUGACGGGAUAUUUUGAACCUUUGCACCGAGCCGGUCUAUCUGUUUCCCCCUUAUACCAAUCUGUAAAGGAAGCCAGGCUAACUGUGUGCUAGCUGGGUAGCUAAACAUUAUAAGCAAAGGCAUGGAGUUGGUAUUGAUCCUCUCAUACAGGACAAGUGUAGCCUAUAUGCUGAGAUGUCAAACUAUUUUUUUGGUUCUCAAAGUAAUUGAAUGAUUAAACUAGCAACUAACUACUGCAGUCCUUCAAGACCUGCCUUCUGAUAAAGGUAAAACAUGAGGAGCUUUUUAAACAACAACGGAUCACUUACGUUUUCAUUGUUUAAUAUCUUUUAAUCCUGUCUGCUCAUAUCUGCUGUCAGGUUCUUAAAAAUACUACUCAACCUGCACAGGCAGUCCAAAACCUGACCCAUGACUGUCUCGUACAAACAGGAGAAACACUAGUGCUGUGAGGACGUAGCUAAAAUAUUUCUUAGUGUUUAAGUAAAGUAUCAUGUUUUUUUGUGGAUGAAUUUGUUUUCAGAUUUUUUUUACAUUUGUUUGUUUUUAAUCAUGUCACACAGACAAAGUUCUCAUCUGUUACACCGUGGCACAGUAUCAGGUGUGUUGUCUCACCUCACACCCUCCAUUGGGCCUACUGUAGGUACCUGCAACCCCUACCUCUCAUAAAACAUCCAUACUCGACUGAGAUAUGUGUUGUAAUAUAUUUAUGUUUGACUAUAUUUAUUCUGUAAUGUCUGUAGGUAUGUUGUUUUUAGGGCACAGUGACUACUACCAGUGCAGAGGUCAGAUGUUUGUAUGCCCUCUGCCUGCUUUGCUAAUCAUAAGGUAUUACCUUACUACUAUUUGUAGUGUAUAACCACUAACCUUAAAAGAGGAUCUUGUGAAUGGUGCUUUUGAACUACUGGAAUUACCUCCAACCUUAAGAAGGAAAACACUGGCUUUUGUCUCUUAAGCAGCCCUAGGAUCUGCAUAUAAAGCAUGUUAUGGUCCUCUUAUUAAUGUUGCUGAAAAUCUAGCUGCAAAGCUGCCAGAUGUACCAGAGAAACCACGGCAUGAGUAAACCUGCUCCUGAGUACUACUAAACUCAUCCUAAAUGACUUUCAUCAUGACCACUACUACAACUACCAAGCAACCUAACAUGCUCUGGUGUUCAGCUUUAACCAAAGUUAGAGGAUAUAGGUGCAGAUUUUUUUUUGUUUUGUUCUUCUCAGACAAUGCAGCUUCUUUUGAUUUAAAGAAUGGCUGAAUAAAAUAAAAAAUAAGUCAAUGAGCAGCUAGAAAACCUUUGGUCGUCAUUCAUAUUUGUGAUGGUCAAUUGUUCUAUGAGGUCUGUAUCAGAAAGUUAAAGAAUACUUGAUGCACUAUGUGCCAUAAAUUUUGUAAAAAUGUAAUCCUGUUUGUCCUUUUUUUUGUAAUAACCGUUAAGAUGUGUAACUUAUGAUAUAUGUGUAUUUUUAAUAUUCAUACUUGAAUUGUAAACAGUGUGCUAAAUAUUGAAUGGGCAUUGGUACUGAAAAGAGUGUGCUUUUUUGCCAGGCUUUAUCCAAAGAUAUGUUUUUAAGAAUCAUAUAAACCGUGCAGUAUGUAUGUUUGUAGCCUGUAUAAAAGAAAUGAAUGAUUGAUUCUGGUGCUAUGGUUACUAAUCGUACCAAUACUGUAUGUCUUGCUACUACACUAACACUGUAAAAAAAUCUGUAAUAAUAAAAAAGGCUUUUCAGCUGACUCACACUGUGAA